UCCUUUCUGGCAGCAACAACAACAGUCAGCGCAGACCAGCGGCUCCUCUUCACUCUCAGCGGCAGCAUCACCGUCGUCCUCGCCGGCUCCGGCGGUGGCAGAGAGGAUGGUCCAGCGGGAAAGCCACCGAGGCUGCGAGUGACAGCGAUCAGGACGAUGGCCCUCGACGUUCGCCGGCUCCCGAGUGUGCGACCAGUGACCGAGUGAAACGACCGUGUGAGUAAAACGGUGAUUUCGGUGUUGUCCCCGCCGGAGGUAGUUGAGGCUAACGCGACGCGCUAACCUGACACGGGCGGUGUUGCUAGCUUCGGUACCCGCAGGAAGGUGGGCUUCUCCCGGGGUGGGAACGUUCUCCCACGGGCGCACAGGAGAAGCGGCGGCAACACCCGAGGUGAAGCGGGUUUUUUUUUAUGGGCAGCGCUUCGCCCAGCGGUGGCUGUCCAGCUGGUUUGCUCAUUCACUGGCGCUGACAGUAUGUGUUGAACAAAGGAGCUUUAACCCGAGGGGCCGCAUGGACAGAAACACACAGAGAGAAGUCGGCUGCAGUUUGUUUUGUGCUCCAUUUCACGCUGACACACUUCUUCGGGGAUAACCACACGAGGUCUGACCUGGAUGCUGAGCUCACACACGGUGACCCAGCUAAUUAAAUGCCGGGGGCAGGAUAACGCUGAACCAUGUUGCUCUAAGUUGUCACCUGUGGUGAACGGGGGAGGAGGAAGAAGAGGAGGAGGAGGAGGAGGGAGACGUAGGCAGGCAGGCAGGCAGACGGGCAUCUGCCACAGCUCCCUUUAGGCGGCCUUUCGCAAGCUUGAAGCCAUGGGCAACACAGCCACCAAGUUCCGCAAGGCCCUGGUGGGUGGCGACGAGGCCCUGGCCUGGCAGCUGUAUGAGGGCAACCCUCAGUUCAGGGAUGGCCUGGACCCAAACGCAUCGUAUGGAGAGCAGUACCAGCACAACACGGCCCUGCACUACGUCUGCCGCCACGCCAUGACACGUCUGCUCAGGUCGUUCCUGUUCAGCAAAGAGGGGAACCCCAACAAGCGUAACGUGCACAAUGAGACGUGCCUCCAUGUGUUGUGCCAAGGGCCGCAGAUCCUACUGCUGCCAGAGGGAGCGCUGUCACCACGACUGGCCCGGCCACAGAGGGACGAGCAGCGCCGUGCAGACUGCUUGCAGAUGAUCCUCAGCUGGACCGGAGCCAGGCUGGAGGGAGGCCAGUACGAGAAAGCCAAUGUCAAUGCCACCGACAACCACCACAGCACCUGUCUGCACUACGCUGCGGCUGCAGGCAUGAAGAGCUGUGUGGAGCUGCUAAUCCAGAGCGAGGCAGACCUUUUUGUGGAGGACGAGGACAAGCUGACGCCGUGUGACCACGCCGAGCGGCAUCACCACACUGAGCUGGCCCUCAGCCUGGAGUCGCAGAUGGUUUUUUCCUCCUCUACAGCUCAGCAGUCAAACACAAACUCACAUGGUGAAACCAACCUGCUGCAAUUCAAGGAGCCUUACGAGGGACUCAAGCUUCAGGACCUGCGCAGGCUGAAGGACAUGCUUAUCGUGGAGACGGCAGACAUGCUGCAAGCCCCCCUCUUCACCGCCGAGGCCCUGCUCCGAGCACAUGACUGGGACAGAGAAAAGCUUCUGGAGGCCUGGAUGUCAGAUGCCGAGGGCUGCUGUCAGCGCUCUGGUGUGGCCAUGCCCACCCCACCGCCGAGCGGCUACAACGCCUGGGACACCCUGCCCUCACCCCGCACCCCUAGGACCCCGCGCUCGCCCCUCACGCUCACCUUGACUUCUCCCACCGACAGCUGCCUCACACCUGGGGAGGAAGGCCUGGCUACGUGUGGAAUCUGUCUCUGCUCUAUCUCAGUCUUUGAGGACCCAGUGGACAUGUCCUGUGGACAUGAGUUCUGCAGAGCCUGCUGGGAGGGGUUCCUCAACGUGAAGAUUCAGGAGGGUGAUGCACACAAUAUUUUCUGCCCGGCGUACGAGUGUUACCAGUUGGUGCCCGUGCAUGUGAUAGAGAGUGUGGUUUCCAGAGAGAUGGACCAGCGGUACCUACAGUUCGACAUUAAGGCAUUUGUGGAGAACAAUCCUGCCAUCCGCUGGUGUCCUGCAGCGCGUUGUGAGCGAGCAGUGAGGCUCACCCGGCCGGGCCCCGGGGACAGUGACCCUCACAGCUUCCCCCUUCUUCCCUCCCCAGCUGUCGAUUGUGGCAAGGGUCACCUCUUCUGCUGGGAGUGCCUUGGCGAGGCCCACGAGCCAUGUGACUGUCACAUGUGGAGGAACUGGCUCCAGAAAGUCACAGAGAUGAAGCCUGAGGAGUUGGCAGGUGUGAGCGAGGCCUAUGAGGAUGCUGCAAACUGUCUGUGGCUGUUGACCAACUCCAAACCAUGUGCCAACUGCAAGUCGCCCAUUCAGAAGAAUGAGGGCUGCAAUCAUAUGCAGUGUGCCAAGUGUAAGUAUGAUUUCUGUUGGAUCUGUCUGGAGGAGUGGAAGAAGCACAGCUCGUCAACAGGAGGCUACUAUCGCUGCACUCGCUAUGAAGUCAUCCAACAGCUAGAGGAGCAGUCCAAGGAGAUGACUGUAGAGAAAUCCCCAAUUGUAUUCCAGGCAGAAAAGAAGCACAAAAGUUUUCAGGAGCUCGACCGUUUCAUGCACUAUUACACUCGCUUCAAGAACCAUGAACACAGUUAUAAGUUGGAGCAGAAGCUGCUGAAAACGGCGAAAGAGAAGAUGGAGCAGCUGAGCAGAGCCUUCAUUUGCCGUGAAGGCACUCCUCCAGACACGCGGUUCAUCGAGGACGGUGUGUGCGAGCUGCUGAAGACGCGGCGCGUGCUGAAGUGCUCUUACCCAUACGGCUUCUUCCUGCAGCCAGGCAGCACCCAGAAAGAGAUAUUUGAGCUCAUGCAGACCGAUCUGGAGAUGGUGGUGGAGGAUCUGGCGCAGAAGGUGAACCGGCCUUACCUGAGGACACCGUGCCAUAAGAUAAUCAGUGCAGCCCGGCUGGUCCAGCAGAAGAGGCAGGAAUUCCUGGCAUCUGUGGCCCGUGGCGUGGCUCCCAACGACUCUCCUGAGCUUCCCCGCAGGAACUACCCUGGAGGAUCAUGGGACUGGGAGUACCUGGGCUUUGCCUCUCCUGAGAUGGGGAGUCGUCACUCUGUACUGGGAGCGGAUCCAAGAGAGAGACAGUCACAGGAUUAUGCUGACAUUCAGUACCGUCGUAGACACAGGCCGCGGCGCAGAGGAGACAUGCUGAGUCUGCACAACCUCAGAAGCAACAGUAACACACCAGAGACCAGUAGGAGAAGUGACAACACAGAAGCUCCAGAGAGGAGCGAGGGACGUAGGAGAGUGCUGGGCUCGCUGGAUGAAGACGACCCGAACAUCCUCCUGGCCAUCCAGCUGUCGCUGCAGGAUUCCCGCAGAGAGCGAGGCCUGGAGGGAGCGCUGGAUGGGCGGCCGGAGCUGGAGCGUGCCCUGGACAGAGGACAGGAGAGGAGGUCGGGUCCGGUGGGAGACCUGGGAGAGGUUGCGUUGCACUCCCUCAACACUGACGGUCCUCUUGGAGCCAGGCGCUCGUCCUUCCCCGCCUCUCUCCUCGAUCCUCCUCGGCCCCCUCACAGGACAGACUCCACCUCCCAGGCUCCCAUGUCCAUCCCCCUCCCGCCCCCGCCUCCCUCUCUCUGCGCAGAGCUGCUGGAGUUGGGAGACAGCCUUAUGAAACUGGGGAACAUAACCACUCCUUAUGACCUAAACACACACACGCAGGAACAGCUCUGCUCGCACCACACAUACAACCACAGCGCUCUCAUUGCUCCCUACACCACUGAACCUGCUUACAGCGACUGCAGCCAUAGACAAGACCAUAUCACCAUCACAAACCCUCGCUAUGACGGCAAAGAUCAGAGUUACUGCCACUCCAGUGCUUAUUUGGCUGACACUGAACACACUGCCUCCUGCGCACUAGAACGCUCCCAAAUCCCAACACAAAACCCCGCCCUUCCUUGUGCAUAUAACCGGGAACACGCAGCCACCUACGACAGCACGCCGAAACCCGACAGCUCUUACAACCCCUGCCCAGAACACAGUAGCUCUUACACUCAGGAGCGGCCCGCUGCCUAUGUUCUUGAGCGCCCAUCCAAAACAGACCCCCAGGACCCUGCCCAGUUGUGCCUCCCGUCUCCAGAGCUUGAGCCGGAGCUGCUGCUUUCACCAGUGAUCCCCCCGGGGGGCCCUUUCACCCCCAGCGAUCCUCAGAGUCUGGAGGCCCUGGACCCCACAGCCAGUGCCCAGCUGCUGGACAACAUCAUGGCCUGGUUCAACAACAACAUCAACCCGCAGAACAACCCCCAGAGCCUGGCCCUCAUCCCCUCCCCGCCCACCACAGAGACCGAGUCCUCCCCUGACACACACACUGAGACUGACAGCCAGACCUCCAGGGGCGUGACCCCUGCCCCGAUCUGGCAGCCCCUGGAGGGCGAGCCAGAAGCGGACGGAGAGUCGGUGAGUCCUUAUUUUGGUGCUGGCGGGGCGGAGGCCCCGAAGGCAUUGAGGCCGAGCACUCUGGAGCUGGAACACAGAGAGGCUGGAAUGGAGGGUGUACAUGAAGGGUGUGUGGCGGACCUGUCGCUGGACGAAGCGCGCACACACCCAUGCUCACACUCCCAACGUGGAAUCAGCCCCGCACACACUGCCCCUCCCACAGAGACAGACUUAGAUCUCGUUCUUCAGCUGGAGGUGGACCAAUCCCCUGAGGAGUGGGAGGAGCAAGUGCACCUGGUGUGAUGGAGUAAAGAGAAAGUUGAAUUAAAUAGAGGAAGAUAGAGAUGAGAGAGUGAUGAAAGUAAAAGACGAAAGAAAAUCAUCAUAGAGAGCGAAGCACUAAUGGAAGAACACAUUGGUCAGAGAGGCCUCACUGAAAGAUGCUGGUCUUAGCAGGUUGAGUGUUUACUGUAUGUAAUAUACUGUAUCUAAAGAGGACAUGAAGCCCUGCAGACUCUGUCCAGUAAAGAUGAUGUCAUACGCAAUUUGAUUUAUAAUUAUUAUUAUUUUUUAAGUGCUUUUGUCUGUUUUGAAAACAGACAAACUAUUCUUUGAAACCGAGUGUUUAAAACAGACUACAUCAAUGGAGAGCUACUGAUAUCACACAUAAGACAUAAAAUGCUGCACAUGUUUUUUUUAAUUUCUUAUUUUUAUUUAUUCCCCACCAACUGUAUUUGUCUCCUCAGUUUGUUCAGGGUGAAGUCUUGGUGCUGCUGAAAAUCCAAACUUGCCUUGUUAACACUCACACUUCAUUACACACACACACACACACACACACACACACACACACACACACACACACACACACACACACACACACACUGACCGAACCACAAGCUUUUUCAGAGCCCCAAGAGCCAAAACACAGUGAUACCUGUAACCUUGGAGCUUGUUAGCGUACUGUACAAUCAGAGGGGCCUAAUUCAGAGUUCUGGACCUUCACGCACACUGUGCCUGCUUUACGAGAGCCAACACACUACUGAUCUUUGCUGUUCGGGAGGCCGCGCAAGAACCACGAUACGCCCGUCUGCUUGGUGAACUUCACUCUGGUGCGACAGGCUUUAUCUGUAUGUUGUGAUGGUAUCAAUUCUUUUGUAAUACUCGAGAUGGUCACAGAGGGUGAAUUGUCUUGUCCCUCUGCACUGCAGGGUCAGGGGUCGCUCUGAGCUUCAGAGCAGCAGUAGGAAUUCGUUGUCUUGCUCAAAAGAACCGCAGCAUCAUGGGUGCUUGUUUCCAGGGGGGGAUUAAUCGCCUUUAUUUUUCCUGCUCGGUGCAGCAUCCUGCUACUCAUUCCACAAACUUCUGUCUUUAUCAGAGAGGAGCUUUCAUCCAUAUUAAUAUUUCUGUAUUUUAGCUGCUUUGGCUCAGUUUUCAAAACACAAAAUGCUUUAUGGGUACACAAUAAAAAGAUUCUCAUCAGUGUUGCAUUUUUAAAUAUAUCUAUCAUAUGUCCUUUAAUGCUGUAAAACAUUCACUAAAUUUAGAACUAUUAAAAAACAUGUCGGAGAAUAAUUACAUCAAAAAAAUGAUUAAACAUCUAUUAAACAAUUCUGUUAAAAUGUUAAUACAUAUGAAGAAGUCUGGAGUCAGACUUAACACAACAGUUAACUGCAUUCUUUCAAUUUGUUUAAUUUAAACCAGAAUGUUUCCAAACUCCUCCAAAUUCCUGAGAAGCGUCACAUUAAACCACAACAUGUUCAAGGUUAGAAUGUAUGAGUUUGUUUUCACAUUGAAUCUGAGCUUUAGCAGCUAAAAUGCUGUAAAUAAAAAUACUUCAAGUGUUUCUGACUGCAGACGGUUGCUGUUUCUCUCAUAUCUUUCCCACUACUGACGGCGAGUAGAGUGCUGUUGUUAGUUGGCAGAUCCGUUGGGAUUUUACUGUAAUUUAUCCAUUUUUAUUCCUUAUGACGGAGAUGAAAUCUCUUCCAGUUGAGACCAGAGUCGUUGGGUCCGUGUGCCUUUUCGGUUGUUAAUCGUAUUUGUUUUAUUUGUCUGUAUUUAUUCGUGUCAUUACUUUUUAAAAGGAGUUGCUAAUGAACGUAAAUGGAGGACACACCACUCUGGCUGUUGCCACAAAUACACUGAGGUUCUUGAUGCACAUUAGUAUUGUUUGUCCUUUGCGCCCUGAUUUAUCUGACUCGACUUCAUCCCCAGAGAGAACAGGUUCAUGUUUCGACCAAUUUAUUUAUUCAGAAAUGUUUUUGAGGCUCUAUUAAUGAAUUCAUUGCUUAAUUAUUCACCUAUUUGAGUUUCCACGAUCAUUAACAACCACUUUAUCUGAAUGUUGCUCAAGUCUAGUCGCCCUCUGAUUACUUCUUCAAACGUGAUGUAGAACUCUGACUCCUGGCUGGUCAUUCAGACGUUAUCUUUAAACAUUAUCGCCCCACAUUGAUGUUUACAAGAGAAUUGAACACUGCCUUUUGCGUUGAGAUAUGAUAUGGUGCUUUGGGGACUGGGAUGGUAAUAUUAAUGGAGUGUUUUUAAUUAUAAUCUGGUGGCAUGAAAAAAAAAAAAAAAUCAAAUCCUGUCCAAGAGGAAAGAAAUCUGACUUGUUGAAAUUCCUCGCUCUACGUUACCCAGACACACGUGACAUGCAAUCAUGGAUGCAUCACUUAUAACUGAUCAUGUGCUUGAGGCUUGUUUUUAAGUGGAAUCCUCCACAGAAAAGAAUGUUCUCUGCUCUGUGUGGAACAUUAAGCUGUGAAGGUGCUGGAACAGGGCGUAGGUUCUGAUGGAGACGUUUCAUGAAGCCUCCGGAGACGUUGGUGUUGCCGCCAACGUCUCAGACUCUUUUCACUGCUCAACAACAGGACUGAUUUUCGGUUGCAUGGUGCUACGGAGGAAGCACAGAGUCUGGGGUCUUUUUAAUUUGCACACGCAUGCUGUUGAUGCAUUGCACUAAUCCAGUGCUGACAGGCAAGAUGUGGAGAACUGACGAGUGAUGCUUUUAUUAUUAUUAUUAUUAUUAUAAUAUUCUUUUUUUUGUUUUCCUUAUUAGAGUUGGAUUCAUGGCCUCAGGGGAAUGGUCCUGUGCCAUUUUGUAAUCCAUAUAUAAUUUGUCUAUUUUAAUGGUCCAUUAAUGAACAACAUCAGACUUCAACAAUGAAAUAAAAAAUGAAAUUUGCACUCUCAUUGAUAAUACUUGAUACAUUCCCAGUCGGUCCAUGAGAGCGGUUUGAUGUGUGGCCAAAAACUGUAAAUGAAAGUGUCAGUGCAAAGUUAACUCUCAAUAAAAAAGAACUGAAAGCGUGUC